AUGGGUUCUGAGAUUUCACCAGAAGAUGAUAUUUAUCCACUUGCACUCUUAAUGGAUGAAUUGAAACAUGUCGAUGUUAUCAAUAGAGUUGAAGCAAUGCAGAGGAUUGACACUGUAGCCGAAGCUUUAGGUCCCGAAAGAUGUAGAGAUGAAUUAAUUCCAUUUUUGUUAGAAGUUGCACAGGAUGAUGAAGAUGAAGUUUUUGCCAUCUUAGCUGACCAAUUAGGGAAAUUCACACAAUAUGUUGGAGGUCCUGAACAUUUGACUAUUCUUAUUCAACCUUUAGAGGUAUUAGCUUCUGCUGAAGAUACUGUUGUAAGAGAGAAGGCUGUUAUGUCAUUGAACAAUAUUGCUCAGGAGCUAUCCGAAGAGCAACUAUUUAAUGCUUUUAUUCCAUUGAUACAAAAUUUAAGUACUGCUGAUUGGUUUUCAGCCAAAGUAUCGGCAUGUGGUCUUUUUAAAUCCGUUUUAGUCAGAAUAAAGGACGAUUCUAUAAGAUCGAAUAUGCUGUCGAUGUAUUUGCAAUUAAUAGAAGAUGAAACACCAAUGGUUAGAAGGUCUGCAAGCAAAAAUUUACCAAGUAUAAUAGAUUUGUUUGCUCAAAAUCAAUCCUUGCCAACACCUGAAGAUUGGAAAUCCAUUUCUACAAUGUUUCAAAAGAUUAUGGAUGAUGACCAAGAUUCCGUUAAAUUUUUAGCAGUUGAUUGUUUAAUUUCGAUUUUAAAAUAUUUUAACAAAAAUAAGGAUUAUUCUAAUGCAAAUGAUCUAUUAGAAUCUACUAAAAAGUUAAUAACUGAUGAAUCUUGGAGAGUUCGUUACAUGAUUGCCGAUAAAUUUGAAGAAGUUGCUAGUCAAUUCUCAAAUGAUGAAGCAUAUAUAAAUUCUUUAGUUGAACCUUUUAUUGGUCUAUGCGAAGAUAAUGAGGCUGAUAUAAGGAAAGCAAUUGCUAAACAAUUACCUGGUUUCGUGAGUUUAUUAAACAAUCCAACAGUUGUAUUGGAAAAGAUAUUUCCAAUUAUUAGAAGCUUAAGCAUGGAUGAUAACGAAGCUACUAGAGCCUCUUUAGCAUUAACUAUUACAAAUAUUGCAGAUGUUUUGGACCGACAACAGACCACUGAUAAUUUAAUUCCAGUAUUGUUAGAUAUGCUAAAGGAUGAGUUCCCAGAGGUGCGUCUUAAUAUAAUUGGUAAUUUAAAAGCAGUAUAUGAUGUCGUAGGUGUUCAACUAUUAUCAGAAUCAUUACUACCUGCCAUUACAGAAUUAGCAAACGAUAUGAAUUGGAGGGUUAGACUUGCGAUAAUUAAAUACAUACCGAUUUUAGCAGAACAAUUAGGCGAAGAAUUUUUCGAUAAACAAUUACGUGAAUUAUGCCUCUCUUGGUUAUGGGAUACCGUAUAUUCGAUCAGAAAUGCUGCUAUUAAUAAUAUAAAACGUUUAACAGAAAUAUUUGGGGAUAAAUGGUGUCAAGAAGAAAUUAUUUCUAAAUUAUUAAAAUUUGAUACACAAUUAUUAGAAAACUUUGUAUAUAGAUUUACUUUGCUAUCUGCUUUAACUACACUAAUUCCUGUUGUGUCUCAAAAAAUUACUGCAGAGGAUAUUUUACCGUUUAUCAAUCAUUUAGCAAAUGAUUCAGUACCAAAUAUUAGAUUUAAUAUUGCAAAGUCAUAUGCUGCAGUAGCGGAAUCAUUUAGCAAAGAUCUAAACACUUACCAAGAUACUAUUAAGAACACAAUAAUUCCUGCACUAAAGAACUUAAAUGAAGAUGAGGAUAUUGAUGUGAAGUAUUUUGCGUCGCAAAGUUUAGAGAAAUCUCAAAGCAUAUUACAAUAA